CGCUGAAACGCGGGCUUCUCUGCUCUCUGGAGCGGGGACGCGCAGCGGACGCGGACAUGGCGGCGGCGUGGAGCCGAGCUCUAGGCCUCAUCCACAGCACCGGGCGCCAGUUGUUGGCAUUGAUUUCCGGAGGAAACACGGGACCGGUUCGGAAUUACUAUGUGGAUUGGCGAAUGCUGAGGGAUGUGAAAAGGAGGAAGAUGGCUUUUGACUUUGCAGAUGAGAGGCGGCGACUCAAUGCAAUUCGGAAAAAUACUAUCUUACCAAAGGAACUGCAGGAGGUUGCCGACCAGGAGAUUGCAGCUCUGCCAAGGGACAGCUGUCCCGUCCGGCUCCAUAAUCGCUGCGUCCUCACCUCGCGUCCGCGAGGGGUCAAGCGCAGAUGGCGCCUCAGCCAGAUCAUGUUCCGUCACCUCGCUGACCACAACCAGAUGUCCGGGAUCCAGCGCGCCAUGUGGUAGGUGCCACUGGGUUGGCAGGGUUUGGCUCGAGCAGCCUGCCCGUGGGACCUCAGCAAUGGGCACCUGAUCACUGGAGCCACCGUAACUGCAUUGACUGUUUCUGGAGCUGGAGAGUGGGCUGCGAGCUGAAUUACUGCCAUAACAUGCAGCGGCAAGUGCAUCUCAAGAAUACUUCCCAGGCUCUACAGUGUUUGGAGUUUCAUAUUGUUAUAAAAUAUGUUGUUUUAAAAAAUGCCUUUCUUGAUGGAAUAUGAGCAAUGCAUCUUCGGAACAUCUCCCACGA